CCGCUGUUUGAGGGAAAUUGUGUGACACACCGUCGCCGACGUGCAGAUGCCGCUCGGUCGCUCCUCUGCAUGCGCGACGACGUCCAGAAGGUGAGUCGCGCAGACGACCAGGUGAAACAGACGGACGCUGAAGUUUCGUCAAGUUUGCGCAAAACCUUCUCCCCACUUCGCAGCAGAUGGCACCUCCUGCAGCCACUUGUGGAGGACCGCCGGACUACAGCGCGCGGGCUUGCCGCCUCCUCUGGGACUAGACGCGUCGCGGAUGACCGCCGCUGAUGUGACCCACCUGCGGUUUCAGACCCGGACGCGCUCUGCUGAGAUGGACGCGUCCUACAUCGCCAUCGAAGCGGUGAUCGCCGUCCUCUCCAUAUGCGGCAACGUGCUGGUGUGCUGGGCCGUAGCCAUCAACAGCACGCUGAAGAACGCCACCUACUACUUUCUGGUGUCCCUGGCCGUGGCGGACAUCCUGGUCGGCUGCCUCGCCAUCCCCUUCGCCAUCAUCAUCAGCGUCGGCCUGUGCCUGAACUUUUACGGCUGCCUGUUCCUCGCCUGUUUCGUGCUGGUACUCACUCAGAGCUCCAUCUUCAGCCUGCUGGCCAUCGCGAUCGACAGAUAUCUGGCGGUGAAGAUCCCGCUGAGGUACAAGGAGUUGAUGACCGGGAAGACCGCCAGGAAGAUAAUCGCCAUUUUAUGGAUCCUGUCCUUUGUCAUCGGCCUCAUUCCCUUCUUUGGGUGGAACUUGAAGAACUCGAGUUGGGAGAACAGCAGCUCGGUCAACAACACGAAAUGCAAAGAGUGUUACUUUGAGAGCGUGGUGGACAUGCAGUACAUGGUGUACUUUAACUUCUUUGUGUGCGUGCUGGUGCCGCUGCUCAUAAUGCUGGGCAUCUACGUGAAGAUCUUCACCGUAGCCAGGAAGCAGCUGAGGCAGAUUGAGCUCAAGUGUGUAGGCAACGGGGACAACCAGAACAAGAGUCUGUUGCAGAAGGAGAUCCGGGCCGCUAAAUCCCUCUCCAUCAUCGUGGGACUUUUCACCCUCUGCUGGCUGCCCGUCCACAUCCUCAACUGCCUCACGCUGUUUUACGGCGAUCUGAAGAAGCCUGUGUUUGUCAUGUACGUGGCCAUCAUUCUGUCUCACGCCAACUCCGCGAUCAACCCAAUCAUCUACGCUUACCGCAUUCAGGACUUCCGGAGCACCUUCCGCAAAAUCCUGGUGCGGCACUUCCUCUGCCAAAAGGAGGAGCUUUACCUCAGCUCCAAAGGCAGCAGGCACAACAGAGACCAGGUCACAGUGACCAUUGACCCUCUGCUUUAGAGGCGGAGGACUCCAUCGACAUCAAGGCGUGUGGUUUCUAAUGUUUACAGAACAAUGUGAAGAUGAACCGAUGUCAAUCCCACCUUGAAUGUACUUUUAUUUAUCAAUUGUAUUGGGUUGGGAUGGGGGUCUGUGAAGUGUUCAACUAUAAGUCUUAAAUAACUUUGGUUUGUUGUUGUUGAAGGAGUUUUGUUUAAAUAGUUGAAGCUAACUGGAUUUGUAGGACUGAAGAUCCAAACUCAAGAUGCUAUUUAUUGUUCUGAAUUCACCCUGUUCCAAUGACAAACACUCCUCUUUUUGUGCCCUGCUCUUUUUUAUACUCUCGACAUUCAGUGCCAGUGUUAAAAUAAUUUAUUUAUUACAAGACCUUGUCUUUGAGAAUGUAUUGAUCAAACAAACGUGCGUGUGUGGGCUACCUCUGUACUUGUGGAGCUAAAGAAAGGUUCAGCGGUAGCCAUCCUUACAUGUGGGUAUUCUGCAGCUCACAGAUCUUUGCUUCAUCUGUCUGCUGAGAGGAGGACACAUUUUCUUCAGCCUGGAUUUAUUCAUUUAAUUUGGAAGGAAGCAGUUGCAUAUCGUUCAUCAGUACACCAUAGUUUUCUCAAGACAAGCUGACCUCAUGGCUCCUUAAAUAAGCACCAACUUUGUACAGGAGAGUGCUAAAAAUGUCAAAUAAAGGGACAGUAUGGCCUUUUUUCAAUGGUGAGUUUCUGCUUAAAUUGCAUCUAAAACAUUUUCAAGACAAGUUUUAUCUAAAAUCAAAGAUGUACAUGAACAUUUGAUUUUCCAUCUCCUUUAAUUGCCCUUAAAAUCUUCAAAGCCUAACUUGUCAUUUAUAUUCAACCCAAUGACCAAGCAGCAGGUGGUUAGUUACUGUAGUGAAUGUUUUUGAUUUUAUUGCCCUAACCCAGAAGUAGCAAACUAAAAUUAAUGUGAUUCUAAAACUUAACCAGGUCAAGGGUCAAACUCCAUUAGUAGGAUCUGAAAGAUUAAGAUAUCCCAAAAAAGAUAUCUUUUUUUGUGACGUCUUCUGUCCAAAUAUUUCUAAAUGUACAUAUACACCAAUCUAAAUGCAAUGGGAAAAAAUUGGAAACUCCUCAAUUAAUUACUUAAUAUUGCAAGUCUGCAUUUUAAAGAUGUUUUAAGAUCUAAAAUUGGGAUUAUUAAUUAUUUUUAUCAGUUUAAGACUGUAAAAAUGUUUGUUAAAGUUAGUGACUUACCUGCUGUUAAUAACUUAAUAUCUUCAAUUUUAAGGGAGGUUUCUUUCUGGAUAAUUAAGCUAACAGCUAACCUGGCAAAGACCAAGACAAAAAAAAAAACAGUCAAAAGCAACCAGUUGGUUGCUGCGGUGGUGAAGGUUUAACGAACAAUGCAUGAAUGGAGGCCUUAGUCCUCAAUGCAGAAACUUAAAUAGCAGAGUAACUGUCCAUAAAUAAUAUUGGAUGAAAAAAAAGUGAUUAUUUUAUGCUAGAGUUGUUUUUAAACGAUUAAAGUCUUGCUUUUGUCUCCAACAGACUAGCUGUUAGCUUUAGCCUAUCAGAUGAAUUAAUCUGGAUUUAUACUAAAUUUAGGGAAUGCAAAGAUUGUUUUAAACCUCUUAAGAGAAUCUCACUUUCAAAAAUAUAUAUUUUUUAAAACAGGAUGAAUAACUAAUAAGAAACAAGUCACUUUUCUUUGUCUUGCAUUUUACUGUAACCACUAAAAACCAAACUGUCACCUUUGCAUCUGUUCCACAGGAAACGGCUAAGUGGUGGAAGUUGGUUUAGCUGCAAAACUCGCCUACAGUGAUGUGCAUUUCUUCAGACGUAAGCUCAGGACGUGGAAAAAGGAUUGUAGCCUUUAAACUAAUUUUGUGUCAACAUUGGGCCUUGUUAGCUGCUUCACAAUGACGUCAUGCAAGAUGAAGCCUCAAAUCAGAGUCCUUUAUGUAACUCCACAUAGACCGGGUUCUGGUCACACUUCCCUUUAGUGGCUUGCAUAAGACUUCCUAGCUGUCAUUGCUUUGGGCAUAAGAGUUGGGCUUACUUCAAACCUUCAACCACAGUCAGACUUAAAAACCACAGACAGAACAGACAAGCCAUUUGAUUUCAGAAAACAAACGAUUUGAAUCUUUAACUCAGCCGAGUAAUGUUAUGUGUGCCAACAAAAGCAGGUUAGUAAAUCCAGAUUCCAGUGAGGGAGAUUGUGAAAAGUAAAUAUUUUUCAACACAGAGGCGUUAUUAUAAUACAAAGAAAAGCUUUUAAGCUGCAUAAGAAGGUCUUUUUGCAAAGUCAUGCCAUCUAUGAACUACCAGAGGGCAUUACGAUCACAUGACAGUCAUUUAUUCAAAUGAACAUUGCCCUGACAUUUUAAUUUCCUGUUUUGGUGUGCGUCACUGGUGUGAAAUAAGUGCUCUGACGUGGAGUCCUCUGUCUAUGCUGCUGCACUGUCUUUCUGCGUUUAUGGAUUUCCACCUCUGUCUGAUUUCAAGGGCUAAAACACAGGAGAGUCGCAACGAUUAGGGACAUUCCAAUGGAGACAUCUAUACUGUAACUGCACUGUAACGUUAUCUUAUCGUCUUUGUUGACUGAUGUGUGACAAUAAGUACUGUAGCUGUCUGGCUUUCUGCUUGAUGUCAAACUGUUGCCUUGAUUUUUUUAUUUUUAUUUUAAAAGGUAAUGCGAACAAUGGCAAGUUCAACAUUCCUGCCUUUCAUUCCCAAGUAUCUGUGCGUCAUCUUGUUACUAAUCAGGAAAAAUGCCUCCACUGUGGUCGAGCUGAUGUCCAACGUUUUCCAGAGGGGAAAGUUCAUUUGUUCAACAUAAAAC